AUGAAGAUGCUGUGUUCCUCGCACCUCCUCCUGCUCCUCCUCUCCCUCACCGUCUGCAUCAGCUGCUCCUCCGCCGCGCAGAGAGACGCCAAACUCCGCCUGCUGCUGCACCGGACCCCGCUGCUGCAGGGCUCCAAACAGGACAUGUCUCGAGCCUCGCUGGCGGAGCUGCUCCUGUCGGACCUCCUGCAGGUGGAGAACGAGGCUCUGGAGGAGGAGAGCUUCCCUCUGGCCGAAGGGGAACCCGAAGACGUCCGUAUGGAUCUGGAACGGGCCGCGGCUGGCGGGCCGCUGCUCGCCCCCCGAGAGAGGAAAGCCGGCUGCAAGAACUUCUUCUGGAAGACGUUCACUUCCUGCUGA